GACUGACAUGUCUACUUUAUGAGGGUAAGUCUCCCUGAAUUUUAAGUUCCGAAGAUCUCUGGACCCGAUCAUAUUGACCUUAUUCCAUGGGAUCAACUCAUCAUGGCCAAUUCCUCUUCUGUCACUGAGUUCCUACUGCUGGGCUUCUCCAGCCUUGGGGAAUUGCAGCUUGUCCUCUUCGUGGUCUUUCUCUGCCUCUAUUUGAUUAUCCUGAGUGGAAACAUCAUCAUCAUAUCAGUCAUUCACUUGGAUCACAGCCUCCACACACCCAUGUACUUCUUCCUAGGUAUUCUUUCUAUCUCUGAAAUCUUCUACACAAUCGUUAUCCUGCCCAAGAUGCUUAUCAACCUAUUCUCUGUACUCAGGACACUCUCUUUUGUGAGCUGUGCCACCCAGAUGUUCUUCUUCCUUGGUUUUGCUGUCACUAACUGCCUGCUUUUGGGAGUGAUGGGUUAUGACCGUUAUGCUGCCAUCUGCCAGCCUUUGCACUACGCUGUUCUCAUGAGCUGGAGAGUAUGUGGACAACUGGCAGCAACUUGUAUUAUUAGUGGCUUCCUAAUAUCUCUGGUGGGAACAACCUUGGUCUUUAGCCUCCCUUUCUGCGGCUCCAACAAGGUCAACCACUACUUUUGUGAUAUUUCACCAGUUAUCCGUCUUGCCUGUGCUGACAGCUACAUCAAUGAACUGGUCAUCUUCAUCUUUGGGGUCUUGGUGCUUGCUGUGCCCUUGAUAUUUAUCUGCAUUUCUUAUGGCUUCAUUGUCCGCACCAUCCUGAAGAUUCCAUCAGCUGAAGGCAAGCAAAAAGCCUUCUCCACCUGUGCUUCCCAUCUCAUUGUAGUCAUUGUCCAUUAUGGUUGUGCUUCCUUUGUCUACUUGCGACCCUCAGCCAAAUUUACAUCAGGCAAAGAUAGGCUGGUGACAGUGACCUAUACCAUCAUCACCCCGCUUUUAAAUCCCAUGGUAUACAGCCUCAGGAACAAAGAUGUACAGCUGGCUAUUCGGAAACUGAUUGGAAAGUCUGGGUUUUCUCUUAAGAGUUUAUAAUCAGAACACUUUCUAACGGUAUGGACACCAUUAGACCCAUUGUGUCACUAAUUAUGAAAGUUAUGAGAUGAUCUAGUCUAUUUAUCUACCUAACUGUGCAGCCUUGGAUGAGUUAUUUGACACUUGGGGCCUUAAUGUUCUAUGUAAAACAGAGAUAACAAUAUUUUCUUCCUGAAGACAUUGAAAUUAUAAAAUACCUGUCAAUAAAACAUAACUCUCCUCCUCUUUCUGUUCUUCCUCUGGAUGUAUAGUUUCAAAAUCUGAUUGCGCUCUUUGUUUAAGGUUAUGUCCAACUUAAAAUGAGGUGUCCAGGCCUGAAGGUGGCUUAGAUCAAGUGGUAUGACAUGGCAGGGAAAACCGUACCAUACUGGCAAUUAGAUGAUUUAAAACUGGACACUGAUUAGGUCAUGAUGAAAACUUUGACUCUUCUCUGAAUAUAAAUUCUAAUAUAUGGAGAGUAGAGAUAAUGUAAUUUUCCUGUUCUAUUUCAUGGGGGUUUUAUUUGUAUCUUGUAAAUAGUAUAAAAGAAGUACAAAAUGUGAAAAUACAUACAAUGUAGAAUUCAUAUCAAAUAAGCUUUGCAUAACUGACAGGAUUUUAUUUCUUUCAAAUUCUUCAAAACAGGCAUUUUGGGAUGGCUUUUCUAACCGUUCCUUUGAAUCACUUCUUACAUAACGUAGGAGUUACACUAUGUAACAUAGAAGUUAUGCUAUGUAAUGGAAAGGAAAAGAAUAUUCAACCACCCUGUCCCAUCUCAGGCUAAAGGUAUCUACAUGGCUUUCCAGACUGAAUUUAUUAUGAAGAGGAAGCUACCAAGUUUCACAUUUUUUUUUUUAAUUGAGACAGAGUUUCGCUCUUCUUACCCAGGCUGGCGUGCAAUGGCGCGAUCUCGGCUCACCGCAACCUCCGCCUCCUGGGUUCAGGCAAUUCUCCUGCCUCAGCCUCCUGAGUAGCUGGGAUUACAGGCACGCGCUACCAUGCCCAGCUAAUUUUUUGUAAUUUUUAGUAGAGACGGGGUUUCACCAUGUUGACCAGGAUGGUCUCGAUCACUUGACCUCG